AACCUCAGUAAAAAAAACUUGUACGUACUCCUAGGAGUUGUAACUUGUAAGAUAGUAAAUGAACAUGUAGCGUUUAACAAUAUGAAAGAGAUAUGUCUGCAUCAAUAAAUUCAAACAAGGGGUCUACAAACAAAUAUAAUAAACAUGAGCACCGUAAUGUUUGUUUCCACAUUCAAAUUUUCAAAAGGUCGAUAUAGUUUUUAUUGUUUGGUUGGCUGGUUUAAAACUGUGGAUGGAUGAACAAUGCAUUGAAAGCUGCACAUACCUUUUCUUUUUCUCUCCUCCUUUACAUCUGUAAAUUUUGCAAUAAAUAUAAUUUUUGCUAUGAAAAUAUCAUAACAAAAGAAAACAAUUAAUGUCCCCCUUGCAUUCCACAUGGGAUUCCUAAACGUCAAAAACCCCAUUUUUCAGAAUUAGGUGAAACAUUAUUUUCAUAUUAACUAGUAGUAAUAUAUAAAAGAACCGUCCAUAUAUAUGUCUGCCACUUAAUUUGUUUAAGUAAACAACUUUGGUCCUUGAUUUCUUUUUUUUAACAAUUCACUUAAACUAUAAAAUAUCAAUGGAGAGCAUUUCAAAAUAAGUAAGAAAAAACACUGUAAAGCAUAAAAUGGCAGCGUUUGUAGUUAAUUAGAAUACAUGAUUAACAAAUGAGUGGGAUUUUGCUUGUCCCAAAGCGAAAUUUAUCUGAAAAUGUGUCGUCUUGAGAGAGUAGUUGAGAUUCUUGCUGUUCUCCAACUAAAAGAUUAAUUUAUAAAAAGAACAAAUUAAAGGGGAGGAAAGAUGGAUCAAAAACGAGAUCCCCUUUUUCGAUAUACGAAUAAUUGUUUUUUUAAUCAGUCUCUUUCUCAUCAUUUAGGAUUCCAAUUCCUUCCUCUUUCCUCCCUCUUUUUCUCUCCACAUUCUCCUUAGAAAGAGAGAGGUUUUGGUUUCUUCUGUGAGUGUUUUUUUCAGAGCUUUCUUCACCAGUGUGGUCUACAAACAAUGGCGUCGUCAGAGAAGUCUACCUCCAAGGGUCAAGCAUGGUUCUGCACGACUGGAUUACCUAGCGACAUUGAAAUCGAAGUUGAUGAUAUGACAUUUCACCUCCAUAAGUUUCCUCUCAUGUCAAAGAGCAGGAAACUUCACAGGUUGAUUACAGAGCAGGAGACGAGAUCAUUUUCCUCUGUAAAUCCCCAAACCUCCACGGCGCUAACUGUAGUAGUAGCAGAGAGCGAUAAAAAGGGAAAAGGCCAUGAAAUCGAGGAUGAAGAAAAAGAAGAAGAAGAAAACGAGCAGGAGACUGAAGAAAAUGGCUUUCCACACAUAAAGCUCGAAGACUUUCCCGGGAGCUCAGAGAGCUUCGAGAUGGUGGCAAAGUUCUGCUACGGCGUCAAGAUCGACCUCUCCGCCUCCUCUGCAGUUCCGCUUCGCUGCGCGGCCGAGCAUCUCGAAAUGACUGAAGAGUAUUCACCAGAUAACCUUAUUUCAAAAACGGAGAGGUUUCUUUCGCAUUCCGUCUACAAGAGCUUGCGAGAAUCCAUCAAGGCUCUUCAAGCUUGCGAGUCAGUCUCACCUUUAGCGGAAUCGCUUGGUGUAACGGAACAGUGCGUAGAGUCCAUCGUCUCCAGAGCUUCCUCAGCCGAUCCUUCACUCUUCGGUUGGCCCGUAAACGACGGCGGCGGGGGCCCUGAUCUGUCGCUUAUUCCCGGUGGCGCGUCGUCGAAGUCUGCAAAGAAACAGAAUAGGGAUAAUACGAAUACGGAGCUAUGGUUUGAAGAUCUGGCGCAGCUGAGCCUUCCCAUCUUCAGAACGGUGAUCCUCUCAAUGAGAUCGGAAGAUCUGAGCUCAGACGUCAUUGAGAGCUGUUUGAUUAGUUACGCCAAAAAGCAUAUUCCAGGAAUCUUGAGAUCUAACCGUAAACCGUCAUCAUCAUCUUCAACCGCAGCUUCGGAGAACGAACAGAGAGAGAUACUCGAGACGAUAACCUCUAAUCUCCCGUUAGAUAAGAGCUCCAUCUCCGCGACCACGAGGUUCCUCUUCGGGCUACUACGAACGGCCAUCAUCCUCAACGCGUCGGAGACUUGCCGCGAUCUACUGGAGAGGAAGAUCGGAUCGCAGCUGGAGCGAGCCUCGCUCGACGAUUUGCUCGUCCCUAGCUAUUCGUACCUCAACGAGACGCUAUACGACGUCGAUUUGGUGGAGAGGAUCCUUAGCCACUUUCUCGACUCCUUGGAGGAACGAUCGAGCACCGCGCUAGUCGAGGCUGACGGACGGUCUCCGUCGCUGAUGCUAGUCGGGAAACUGAUCGACGGAUUCCUCGCGGAGAUCGCGUCGGACGCCAAUCUCAAAUCGGAAAAGUUCUACAACCUAGCGAUCUCGCUCCCGGAUCAAGCUCGGCUCUACGACGAUGGACUCUACAGAGCUGUCGACGUAUAUCUCAAGGCGCAUCCAUGGGUAACGGAAGAAGAGAAGGAGAAGAUAUGCGGCGUGAUGGACUGUCAAAAACUCACGUUAGAAGCGUGCACACACGCCGCGCAGAACGAGCGGCUUCCACUACGAACCGUCGUACAAGUCCUCUUCUUCGAGCAGUUACAGCUCCGCCACGCGAUCGCAGGCACGCUACUCGCGGCUCAAUCGCCGUCUCCGUCUCAGUCAACGGAGCCGAGACCGUCAGCGACAAGGAAUCUAACGAUAGCGGAGGUGGUUAACGGCAACGAAACGAGGGGAGAAGAGGAGGUGGACGCUGGGAAAUGGAAGAAGACGGUGAGAGAGAAUCAGGUGCUUCGAUUGGAUAUGGAUACGAUGAGGACGCGCGUUCACCGGUUAGAGAGAGAGUGCUCAAACAUGAAGAAAGUGAUCGCCAAGAUCGAUAAAGUAGGUUCGCCGGCGACGACGGUUACCGAUCGGCCGAGAAGUUGGUCGAUCACGAAAAAGUUCGGGUGCAAAUUCAAGACGCAGGUCUGCGAUUCGCAAGAGGCAACAGUGGUGGAUCAUAGAUCCCGACGGGUUUGAUCGAUGAAUCUCUAGUACAGAAUCAGGAAAGCAUAUCGUGAUGAUGAUGAUGAUUCUUGGAUUGUUUUUUUUUUAAAUUUAAUCCGUGUAGAUGUCUUGCUAUGUUCUAUACGAAUGUGAAACGUUUUGAGUUUGGUUUUGUAUAACCAAAAUAAACGUAUCUGAAUUAGCAUAUCCACAGUAAACGUAAAGCC